AUGUCGACCCAGCCUCUUCUGCAGCGCUCGGCAGGUAAGCGCAUUGCUCUUCCUGUGCGUGUUGAGCCCAAGGUGUUCUUCGCCAAUGAGCGUACAUUCCUCUCGUGGCUCAGUUUCACGGUGACGCUCUCGGCCCUGGCUGCGGGUCUGCUCAACUUUGGUGACCGCGUCGGCCGUGUGAGUGCUGCCCUGUUCAGCUUGGUGGCUGUGGCGAUCAUGCUGUACGCCCUUGUCACAUACCACUGGCGUGCGCAGGCGAUCCGCAACCGUGGCAGCGGCCCCUAUGACGACCGUCUCGGCCCGACGAUUCUGUCCGUCCUCCUGCUCACGGCGAUCAUCGUCAACUUUGUGCUGCGCUUCAACGAGUAA